AUCACAUAGUUGCGAUAGGACAUUACUGCGAGACGCAUCGUUUUCUUAUUGUGCGUAGAAUCUAUUAGUAUCGAACCUUUAGCAAGUAAAAACAGGUAAAGGUUCACGAUAAAGGAUAAAGCAAACCUUUUGUAGAGUAAAUUGUUACCAAGUUGGGAAAGUGCAGUAAUGUACAAGCCAAUUGUUACUCUAAAACAAGGAAAAGUACGGGGCAUUUCCGCCAAAAGUGUGUUAGGGUCUUCUUACGUCGUUUUUUACGAAAUACCAUUCGCUGCACCUCCCAUCGGAGAACUCAGGUUCAAGGAUCCAGUAGCGCCUGCCUCGUGGACGGGUAUUAGAAACUGUACUGUCUGUACCGGAAAGAUCUGUGCCCAGCCAGAGGAUUAUCCACCGUAUAAUAUUAUCGGAAACGAGGACUGCCUUUACCUCAAUGUCUACGUCAAUUCUCUCAACCAGUCGAAGCCAGUCAUGUUCUGGAUCCAUGGCGGUGCAUUCACUAUAGGCACUGGCAGUUACAAAUUCACAAGACCAGAUUACCUACUCGCGAAAGACGUCGUAGUCGUAGCUCCAAACUAUAGAUUGGGCGCAUUUGGUUUCUUAAAUCUGGGACAUCGAGUUGCACCCGGAAAUCAGGGUAUGAAAGAUCUAAUCAAAGCCUUGCAGUGGGUUAAGGAGAAUAUUCGCAAUUUUGGAGGAGAUCCUGAUAAUGUCACGCUUAUUGGCCACAGCGCUGGAGGAGUAAUAGCUCAUGCUCUAACUAUUUCUCCGGCUGCUCGAGGACUGUUUCACAAGGCGAUCUUCCAAAGUGGAUUUUUAACGUGUAGUUGGAGCACCAUUCACAAGCGACCAGAUUGCGGUUUUAAGCUCGCGUUGAUCCUCGGGAUAAAGUCGACCGAUCCAGAGGAAAUCGUCAGAUCGUUGCGCAAGCUGCCAAAUAAAGAUAUCGUCAAGGCUUAUCCUUUCAUUCUCACGGAACAGGAGAAGAACAGGUACGUUCUACCCUUUGGAUUGAAUUACGACAAAGUAGCUGAGUAUUCUGUUCUACCGUAUCCGAUCGAACAAUUAUGCGCGAACGACGUUGACAUUCCUGUUUUGGGCGGUUACACGACGUACGAAGGCAACAUAUUUCACAACGACUCGAGCGUGGAAACUUUUAAAAGAUACAAUUAUUAUCUGCCAGAGAACGUGAAAGUCUUAAGUGAAUUGAUACAGUUACAACCCGAGAGCGCAGAGAAAUUAUUAAAGGCUGUUAAGGAUCAGUAUUUCGGUGGACAAUCGGUCAGCUUAGAUAAAAUGGACGCGUUCCUAAAUUUCUUGACAGACGUUUAUUUUGCCAUUCCUUUGGAGUUGUAUAUUAAUGAUCGCGCGAAAAGGACGUCCGCGCCUAAUUACGUUUAUAGGUUUUCGUACUUGGGGAAGGAAACUACGUACACGGAUAUUCGUACGAAGCGUGUUGUCAAUGGGGCGUCCCACAUGGACGAAUUGGCAUACUUGUUUUACUCGCCUCUUUGUAAGGCUGAAAACCCUGAGCCACCCGCAAAUGGCACGAAAGACAGACUUAUGAUGGAACGUUUGACUACGAUGUGGACCAAUUUUGCUAGAACAGGAAAUCCCACACCGUGCCAAGAUAAUAAUUUAAUCAAGACCAUUUGGGAGCCUACGACGAAGGACAAGUUUUGUUAUUUAAAUAUUGACGAAGAAUUUGAAUUGGUAACCACAAAAUUGAAUUCAUUUGACUUCAGUAGAAUAUUCUAAACUAGUUUAAAAUAAUUAUGAUUAAUUAUGUGACGAUCUUGUCAUAUUAUAGUAUAAUGACGAAUUUUGGGUUAAUAUGCUAUGGGAAAAUCAGUAAAUAAAUUAAAAUUGUCUGUUCUAGUAGCGUAGUAGUAUAAUUACUCCGUCACAUAUUGUGUGUCAUUGAUAUUAAUCAACGAUCGUGCACAUAAAUGUUUUUAAUACCGUAUGAUAAAAAACAGUUGCAUAAAGAAUUCGAAGAACAGCCACACGAAAAGAUAAUAACAGUUUGACGUAUGUAGCGACAAUUUUCCUUAUCUGCCCUAUAAGUUUUGAUAACAAAAAGUAUGUUAAUACGAUACUUAUUAUCUAUUUUCGAACUUCGUCUCGUCUGUUCAAGCAUUGAAUAAUUUUUUGCGAUAAAAUAUAUAAUAGAACCGCGGUAGAAAUAGCGUCGAAUGUAAAAGCAUAAUUACGAAAAGUUCUUAGGAAUACAAAAAGGUUUAAAGACCAGAAGCUUUGGGGAAAAUGGUGAUCUAUAGUUACCAAAUCGUAUGGCUGCGUCGAAUGCAUCGUCGUUGGAGAGAGGUUCUCGUGAAAUCGGGUCGACGAUCGGUUGAAAAAGGCAAUGGUGGCCCCUCGAAAGAAAGGCAAGCGAAAUCACCGCGCUAAUUUAGACGAUCGUUCGCCGGUUUAUCCGAAACGGUUGCUAAAUCGGUCGCCAUUACUCUCCGCACACGGUCCACUUAACCUUUUGCAUCCGAUCGACCGAUUACCGAGCAACCAGAUAAUGAUCAAUGAUCGAACGACUCGUACUUGAUAAGUUUAUUCCAGACUGGCUGUCGCCGGACAGGGUGGGUCAGCCGAUCAAGGAACUCACGAUCCUGCCGAUCUACGGUGCAUUUAUCGCGUUUAAAAAAUCUUUAUUUUGACCUUUGGAAUCGUUAGGAGCGUACGUAAUUUUUUGUACGCCUAAUACAAAGCUCCAACCGCAAAUAAAAAAAUCGUUAUUCAAAUGUAGCGUAGCUUGCAUUCGAGAAGCUAUUUAAAGUAUUCUUCUCCCGAAAAUUUGCAUUUCUGUUUAUUGUAUGGGGGCCAUUUUUAGUGUCGCGCGAAUAUAACGUAUCGAAGGCCUUUGGAUUUCUCACUGACCUCUCCGAAUUACAGCUCGAUUAUCGUGGACGUAUUCGUAAUUACGCAUACGACAUAGAUUAGGCGCCAGCAAAAACAUGAAAAACGAACUAAACGCACAGUUUUGCCAAACAUAGUCUCCGAUCUCUUGUAUCAUUAUCGUUGCACGCAAAUGGCUUUUGACCCUGAUUAUCUACGGUCGAGUUGCACAAAAAUACGCCGAAUUAACCUAAAAUAAUUACCAGAGCUUAGGAAUGCGAUCAAAGUCUGCAAAUAUCCUGUUCUCUCCAAUUUUUGGGCGAAUUUAAAUAUUACGUAACGAAGUAUAAUUGUAUCAAAGUUGUUAUUUUUGUAUCAUUCGAUCCAAGAUAGGAAAGGUUGAUUCUUAGUCAAGAAGCGUUACUUUCCCCGGAUAUAUAAGAUCAAGGAAACAGUUUAAUGAACCGUACUCUAUUUUAUUUCAUAAACACGAGGUUUCAAAAUCA